GGGGCCGGAGCGCGGCUGCUGCUGCCGCUGCGGGAGCCGAGGGAGGAGGCGGCGCGUCCCCAGAGGCUUGCGCCGGGACGGACGGACGGACGGACCGACGCGCGGAGGGAGAGGGCCGGCGGCGGGAAAUCUGCUGGCACUGUGGGAUCCCUUCAGGGCUGGACGGACGCCAACUUGCUUCGUGUAUGGCAGGCAGGUCUGGGGCAGGUGGCAGCCCCAUGAUCAUGCACGGGGACGGACUUUCUGAUGAAGAAACCCAGAGCAGUCGAUGCCAGCCAGGGCGAUUUGGCUGUCAGAGGUUUUGACAAAACCUGCCCUGUUCCCUUUGGGGAAUCCGAAUGAGGGAGAUUACAGACACCUUCACUGGGAAGCCAAGGACAUUUCUGUAUAAUCAGUGGAUGAAAGGAUUUUUCAGACUCUUUUUUUUUUGUUUCCUUGAGGAUUAAUUCACCGCAGUCUACAAUUCCAGUGGAAACCACAAGACACAGGAUGUGACAGGAGCCUGGAGCAUCUUCCGAAUUGUUCUGGACCCUUCCUGUAGCAUAGGGGAGUUGAACAUUUGCCACCCGCCCCCCCUCCCCCCACUCCCUCCUGCUGAGCUCUUUAACCUGUGCUCAUUCCCUGAGUUAAGUUCUGCUUCCCAGACUGUCUUCUGGAGCUAUAAGUGGAUUGCCAGAAAUGAGAGAUUAAGUGCUGGGAGAAGAGGAAGUGCCCUGGGUCGUGUCUCCUCUCGGCUGCCAACAUGAAGUGCUUUUUCCCAGUGCUGAACUGUCUGGCUGUGCUGGGUGUAGUGUCAGCACAGCGGCAAGUCGCCGUCCAGGAAGGACCCUUGUACCGCACAGAGGGCUCCCAUAUCACCAUCUGGUGCAACGUGAGUGGCUACGGGGAGACUUCCGAGCAGAAUUUCCAGUGGUCCAUUUACCUGCCCUCCGCCCCUGAGCGCGAGGUCCAGAUCGUCAGCACCACGGACUCGUCCUUCCCUUACGCCAUCUACACCCAGCGUGUCCGCAGCGGGAAGAUCUAUGUGGAGAGGGUCCUGGGGAACGCGGCCUUACUGCACAUCACCGAUCUCCAGGCCCGGGAUGCCGGGGAGUACGAAUGCCACACGCCCAACACGGAAACACAGUACUUUGGGAGUUACAGUGCCAAGAUGAACCUCGUGGUGAUCCCGGACUCCCUGCAGGCCACGGCCGCGCCCCAGACGCUGCACAAGGUGGAGCAGGACCCCCUGGAGCUCACGUGUGAGGUGGCCACGGAGACGCUGCAGCACAGCCACCUGUCCGUGGCCUGGCUCCGGCAGCGGGGCGGCGAGACGCCGGUGGAGGUCAUUGCCCUGAGCCGGGAUUUCGUGCUGCAGUCGAGCAGCGACUACGCGCAGAGGCAGAGCCUGGGGGAGGUGCGCCUGGACAAGCUGGGGAGCAGCACCUUCCGCCUCACCAUCUUCCACCUGCAGCCCUCCGACCAGGGCGAGUUCUACUGCGAGGCCAGCGAGUGGAUCCAGGACCCGGACGGCUCGUGGUACCCCAUGACCCGAAAGCGUUCGGAGGGGACUGUGGUCAACGUGCAGCCCACCGACAAAGAGUUCAGCGUUCGGCUGGAGACGGAGAAGCGGCUGUACACGGUGGGCGAGCCCGUGGAGUUCAGAUGCAUCCUGGAGGCGCAGAACAUUCCCGACCGUUACUUUGCCGUCUCCUGGGCCUUCAACAGCUCGCUCAUUGCCAGCGUGGGGCCGAACGCCGUGCCAGUCCUCAACAGUGAGUUCACCCAUCGGGAGGCCAGGGGCCAGCUCAAAGUGGCCAAGGAGAGCGACAGCAUCUUUGUGCUGAAGAUCUACCACCUCCGCCAGGAGGACAGCGGGAAAUACAACUGUCGUGUGACAGAGAGAGAGAAAACAGUCACCGGGGAAUUCAUCGACAAGGAGAGCAAGCGUCCCAAGAACAUCCCCAUCAUGGUCCUCCCCAUCACAGAUAACUGGGUAGUUAAAGUCCCCCAGCACCACCAGAUCCUGCCCCAAGGCCACUUGGAGAGCAGCAUCUCGGUGGAGGUGGCCAGCAAUGCCAGCGUCGUUCUGGAGGGUGAGACUCUGCACCUCUCCUGCAGCAUCCGCACGGCGGGCCGGCCGCUGGGCCGCUUCUCCGUCAUCUGGCAGCUGGUGGACAGGCAGAACCGCCGCAGCAACAUCAUGUGGCUGGACCGGGACGGCACCGUGCAGCCUGGCGCAUCCUACUGGGAGCGCAGCAGCUUCGGGGGCGUCCAGAUGGAGCAGGUGCAGCCCAACUCCUUCAGCCUGGGCAUCUUCAACAGCAGGAAGGAGGACGAGGGCCAGUACGAAUGCCACGUGACUGAAUGGGUGCGGGCAGUGGACGGCGAGUGGCAGGUCGUGGGGGAGCGCCGGGCCAGCACCCUCGUCUCCAUCACGGCUCUCGAAACGGGCUUCGCGGUCACUGCCAUCUCCCGCACGCCAGGUGUGACCUACAGUGACUCCUUUGACCUGCAGUGCAUCAUCAAACCCCAUUACCCCGCCCGGGUCCCCGUGUCAGUGACGUGGCGGUUCCAGCCGGUGGGCACCGUCGAGUUCCACGACCUGGUGACCUUCACCCGGGAUGGAGGAGUGCAGUGGGGGGACAGGUCCUCCAGCUUCCGGACUCGAACGGCCAUCGAGAAGGCUGAGUCCAGCAACAACGUCCGGCUGAGCAUCAGCCGGGCCAGCGACACGGAGGCGGGCAAGUACCAGUGUGUGGCGGAGCUGUGGCGGAGGAACUACGACAACAGCUGGACGCGGCUGGCUGAGCGGACAUCCAACCUGCUGGAGAUCAGGGUGCUGCAGCCAGUGACAAAGCUGCAGGUAAGCAAAUCAAAGAGAACCCUCACCCUGGUGGAAAACAGGCCCAUCCAGCUGAACUGCUCAGUCAAGUCCCAGACCAGCCAGAACUCCCACUUUGCCGUGCUCUGGUACGUCCACAAGCCCUCGGAUGCCGACGGCAAGCUCAUCCUCAAAACCACCCACAACUCCGCCUUUGAGUAUGGCACCUAUGCCGAGGAGGAAGGCCUGAGAGCCAGGCUGCAGUUUGAGAGGCACGUGUCUGGGGGUCUGUUCAGCCUCACUGUCCAGAGAGCCGAGGUCCGCGACAGCGGCAGCUACUACUGCCACGUGGAAGAGUGGCUGCUAAGUCCCAACUAUGCCUGGUACAAGCUGGCAGAAGAGGUUUCGGGACGCACGGAAGUCACCGUGAAGCAGCCAGACAGCCGCCUGAAGCUCAGCCAGGCGCAGGGCAACCUGUCGGUUCUGGAGACGCGGCAGGUGCAGCUGGAGUGUGUGGUCCUGAACCGCACGAGCGCGGCCUCACAGCUGCUGGUGGAAUGGUUCGUGUGGAAGCCCAACCACCCGGAGCAGGAGACCGUGGCCCGCCUGAGUCGCGAUGCAACCUUCCACUACGGAGAGCAGGCGGCCAAGAACAACCUGAAGGGCCGGCUGCACUUGGAGAGCCCUUCCCUGGGCGUGUACCGGCUCUUCAUCCAGAACGUGGCAGUGCAGGACAGCGGGACCUACAGCUGCCGCGUCGAGGAGUGGCUGCCCAGCCCUGGCGGCACGUGGUACAAACGAGCAGAAGACACCGCUGGCCAGAUGGCUGUUCGAGUCAUGCGACCAGAUGCCGCCCUGCAGGUGGACACGGUGGUCCCCAACGCCACGGUGUCCGAGAAGGCAGCUUUCCAGCUGGACUGUAGCAUCGUGUCUCGCUCCAGCCAGGACUCCCGCUUUGCUGUGGCCUGGUACUCCCUGAGGACUAAAGCUGGAGGGAAAAGGGACAGCCCUGGCUUGGAAGAUGGGGAGGAGGAGGAGGAGGAAGUGGAGGAGGAAGAGGAAGAGGACCCCACAGAGCGGAUGGCCCUGCUAAGCGUGGGCCCAGAUGCUGUCUUUGGCCCAGAGGGCAGCCCCUGGGAGGGCAGGCUUCGCUUCCAGAGGCUCUCCCCACUACUCUACCGGCUCACAGUGCUGCAGGCAAGCCCCGAGGACACGGGCAACUACUCCUGCCGUGUAGAGGAGUGGCUGCCCAGCCCUCAGAAGGAAUGGUACAGGCUGACGGAGGAGGAGUCAGCCCCCAUUGGCAUCCGUGUUCUGGACACAAGUUCCAGCCUGCAGUCCAUCAUCUGCUCCAACGAUGCACUCUUCUACUUCGUCUUCUUCUACCCUUUCCCCAUCUUUGGCAUCCUUAUCAUUACCAUCCUGCUGGUGCGCUUCAAGAGCCGGAACUCCAGCAAGAACUCCGACGGGAAGAAUGGGGUGCCCCUGUUGUGGAUCAAGGAACCACACCUCAACUACUCCCCCACUUGCCUGGAGCCCCCUGUGCUCAGUAUCCACCCAGGAGCCAUAGACUAAGGGGACCCCUGAUGGUCAUGAGCCAUGGAGGAGCUGAGGCUCUCCCCGCUGCCUCUUGGUCCACAGUCAGACAGCGGACAGCACCCGGCCUCUGGGGUGCUCUCACAGAACACGGUCGGACUUGAGAAGUGUUCCGGGUCGCCGAUCAGUCAGAGGCGGACUGCCUCUAGGUGGCAGUGUUGGUUGGUUAGCUAUUUUCAAGCAGAGGCACCAUCCUGCCGAAUUAGGUUUCUUGUUUUUUGUUUUUGGUAAUGUGGUGAGUAGCUCCCGGUGCCACGUCUACUCGCUGAUUUAUAUAGUAUUCUCAAAUAUAGAUGUUACAGGGGGUUCUUAUUCUUUGUAAGGGACUCUUUUUUCAAUCCCUUUGGUUUACCCUUUUUGGAUUCUGUAAUGUUGUGGACGAAUUAUUCUUAAAUACAGCUGAUGGCGAAAGGAAGGAUGAACUUUAUAGCGCAAAGGAAUCUUUUCCAAGACGUUUUUUUGUUUUUGCACACUUGAAAAUGCCACCCAUGGAUCAAAAUAUACCCAAACACUUUUUACUUCCUUAAUGAGACUUGAAAAUUCUGUGUAGUGUGGGCCCAAUUUGUAUGUUAUCUUUUCCCUCAGCUGGAGUUGUUGGAACCACUUUGCAGUCAAGAUGAAAGCAUUGAAUUUUGCUUCAAAGAACUGUAUGUACAAGAUAAACCCUGCAUAACCCCACUAGGAGUAGAUAGCGCCCAGCCUAGCCUCUCUGUCGGGGAGGCAGUAGGCUUCACCCCAGCCUUGCCAAAAAGUAAGCAGACUUUGUUGGAGAACAAGUGAGACGCUCCAGACAGCACACACUUUGCAAGCUAAUGUGGGCAGAGGGCUGCUUUUAGCAGCUACUGACUUUCAGAUUGCUCAAAGUCGGCGGUUAGUGAAAGAAGGAAAUAAGUCUGGUUGUCGGCAUGGUCUGUUCUGCAAGGGCAGUUUCCAACUGAUAACUGUGAGCAGGUGGGCUUCUGUUUUCAGGUGCUUUGCCAAUCCCUUAAGGGAAAGUGGCCAGUGAGCCUGGAAAGGGGCCAGGGCUGAGCUGAACACACAGGGCCCAAGCAGCCCCCACAUGCACUGUUGGGGGGCACUGGGGCCGGCUGACAACUAAGGUUCACGGACACGGGGACAGUCAGCCAGCAGUGGGAGGGGGCUUUCCAGAGCCUGGCGUUGGAGAACAGGGAGGAAUAACUGCCUCCCCAGAGGUAUGAAUACUAGAUUUUCCUUCUUCCUUCCAAUUAGGUUUUUCUCAAAGAUGUUGAUGUCUUUCUUCUGGGCCAUUUGACCUGCACCUCACUGCCAUAAGAACACGUGCCCAGGGGAGACCCGGCCGCAGCCCUUUGUAAUCCUUGCGGAUUACCUCAUCUCAGCAGAAAGUGAUCACAUGCCUUUGUGGAUUUUUCACCCUUCCCUUUCUUAGAUCUUGUUUGUGGCUUUAGGUGAUUUGGUUGUUCAUUGUCAUGGCACCUUUUUAUUUGAAUGCCCCUUAAAGCCCAGUGAAGGCCAUUGUCACCUGGUAUUUUACACUUGUUGGGCAGGAUGCUGGGCUCCAGGGCAUCAUCGGUUCCAGGUGUUUCCUUUUGCUCGUUCCACGAAGAUGUUUUUCUGCCCUGGCUCUCUCAUAUUUUACUGGCCCAAAGUGCCAUCUCCCUUCCUUAUGAACGUACAGCUUGAAUCCCAAGGGAGUUCCCACUUUGGAAAAAAAAGCCUCCAGGGAUUCUGGAACUAAGUCUAACCAGAGAGAUUAGUGUGAAACCCUGUUCUGAGACUGAACAGGCUCCAGGGGAGGCUGUAGGAUUCCCAGGCCACGUGGGUGCUGAUCCUUACUGGGGUCUGGGCACGUGCAGGGGGCCUUGGUGCUCCGCAGGUGCUUUGAUGUUGUCACAGCCAAGGGGAAGCAAGACGGUUGCCCAACCAUUUUCUGAGGGGCUUACGCAGGCUGCCUUCUCUGCCUCCCAGAUACACCAGUCCUCUCCUGUGAGACUGUGUAGGCACCGCCACCUGAAUCCCACCAAGGCCUCAUGUGGUCAUCCCCAUUUCUUGUGCUGCAUCGCUGUAGUGGUACAGAACGGGCACAGUGAUGAGGAAAUAAGGUGGUCUUUGGCCCUGUUUCUUCAUUUCAGGGUGUGGGCUUUCAAAGGGAAAUUGCUGGCCCUAAUUCAUAGACUGGGUCAGUGCAGGAAGAUGAUGUCCUUUCCCCUUGUGUGAACGCGAAGAUGCCUGAGGGUUGGCUGGAACUGGGAUGCAUAAUGAAGAUUUGAGUUUGGUUCACAGAAAGAAGAGAAGCCAGUGCUGCACAGAAAUAAGUGAUGCACUUGCAGGAGAUUUGAAAGGAAAAAAAGAAACCGAAGCCAGUAUUUUAAUAACUGUUUUUUUGGUUUGUUUGUUUUUUUCUGUGUAUUUUCUGUUGGGCUGGGGGAUGCUGUCAAAGGGUGAGCUUUUCAGCUUUCUGUGAAAAUCCCCAGGACCUUCUUUCUUUGGCCAUUUCUAUGGAAAUGUGGUGUCACAUGAGUGGUAAUGGUGGCCUCCAGUGGCUGGGAGACUUCAUUGCAAGUUACCUGCAGGAGAGACCUGGAGAGGAAAACUGCCAACUGCUCUCUCGACUUACCAACAUCUACGUUGUAGUUGUAGCAUUAAUGAAAAACAACAGUGUGCUAGGCCCAUUCCGGGACGUGGAUAUGACCACACCCUCUUUCCCCAGGGCGUUUCUGUAGCAAGUUUUCAUAUUCUUUGCAAACAAUGGUUUCUCUGCAUUAACUGUUGAAGAAAAAAAAAAAAAAAGCGGUAGGGUAGGCAAACUACCCAUGCAUGAUGUAGAGAGCUGUUGAUUUGUUUUUGUUUUUUUUUAAAGGAAAACUAUUUGUAAGAUGUUGCACUAAAAUGUUUUAUAUACACUUCAGAGACUUGUAGUAAAUUAUGUUGAAAAUAUGGCUGUUUACACUGA